CCGCACCCGUCGCCCGAGUCCCGGAGCCCCUCGCGGGCUGCGGCUGCCCAAGCCCGGGCUGGGAAGGAGCGAAGCCCGGCCGCUCCUGCUGCCCAGAGUGACAUUGCCUCCACUCAAAGGAACAAUAACAUACUGGAAAUACACAAGGUGUAUGCCAUUUACCCAGACUAAGAAAAGCUUUGUUCUAAAAGGAAUAAAAUAAUCAUGGCAGAAUGUACAGGUUACAAGGAAACCUCAAAUCGGCACCUACGUUUCAAAUUGCAGAGUCUUAGUCGCCGCCUUGAUGAACUGGAGGAAGCAACUAAAAAUCUGCAGAAAGCAGAGGAUGAACUGCUUGACCUCCAGGACAAAGUUAUCCAGGCAGAAGGCAGCAACUCCAGCAUGCUGGCUGACAUUGAAGCCCUGAGGAAAAGAGUGCUGAAGAUUGAAGGCAAGGAUGAAGAAAUUAGGAAAGCUGAAGAGCUUUGCAGGUUAAUGAAAGAAAAGCUUGAAGAGGAGGAGAGCCUCACUCGAGAUCUGAAGUCAGAAAUUGAACUCCUUCAGAGGAGAAUGGCAGAGCUGGAGAAGCUGGAGGAGGCCUUCAGCAGGAGCAAGAAUGACUGUACACAGCUGUGUCUUAGCCUCAAUGAAGAAAAGAACUUGACCAAAAAGAUAUCUACAGAAUUAGAAAUACUUAGAGUGAAAGUGAAAGAACUGGAAUCAUCUGAGGACAGGCUGGAUAAAACUGAGCAGACCUUAACAGCUGAGCUAGAAAAGCUGAAAUCCUUAGCUCUGAGCUUUAUCACGGAAAGAAAACAUUUUAAUGAAAGAGAAAAGCAAAAUGAAAAAAUAAUCCAGGAGCUAACACAGAAACUAGAACAAAACAAUAAACUAAAUAGGGCAGAUCAAACUAGAAAUGCAUCCAACUUGCUAGAAAGGUCAUCCAACAAUCUUCUGGACAGAAAUGAUAUGAGAAUUGAAGAUGACUUGAGUUCUGCACUGCCUUCUAAAGAGACCAGGAGAAAGGGAAGUGUGGAUUACCUGAAACAUGUAGAAAAUGAAACCAGGAAUAAAUCAGAAAACCAAAAGAAUAAAAACCAGGAAGACAACAAAGUGAAAGAUCUCACCCAAGAAAUUGAGAAACUUAAAAUUCAGAUCAAACAUUUUGAAUCUUUAGAAGAAGAACUUAAAAAAGUGAGAGCCAAAAAUAAUGAUCUGCAAGACAGUUACUUGAGUGAGCAGAAUAAAAACAAACUCUUAACAGGUCAGCUAGAAGAAAUAAAAAUGCAAAUAAAGAAACAGAAAGAUCUGGAGAAUGGAGAAGUUGAAAAUGAAGAUACAAGCUUUUCUAGCAGGGGAAAGCAUGACCGACCUAAAUACAGAGGUGUCAUGACAGAUUUGACAGCUGCUAAGCACAAGCCAAGGGAGCUCUCACCACAGCAGCGCCGGGAGAGAGCACGGAACAGAGACUUCUCUCUCAGUAAUGACAGCUACAGCCAUAGCGGCAAGCGGGUGCCCAGUCCAAGCUUAAUGAACAGAAAAGCAGGGAAAGCUUCUGGUGCAUCUGCCCUUUCAGACACUGCUGUCACAGAUACAAGAAGACUGGAAGAGAAAUCUUUAGUUUCCACUAUUUCUUCUGGUCAGAAGGAAGGCUGCAUCAUGCAGAAUGAGGGGAAGAGAUCCAAAGAGCAGCCAUCUGUCCUCAGCCGAUAUCCUCCUGCUGCACAGGAGCAGAAGUCUUGGAAAGCACCUUCCAAACCUGUUGGGGAUACAGGCCUGAGAUCCAAGGUUGAAAAGCCAUCUCAGGUGCUCCGUGGGAACUGCCAAAAUGGUGCUGACACACGGGAUGAAAAGUCAAGCAAAGGAGAAUCAACGGGUUCUUUGUCUGAGAAGCUGAAAACAAGUCAGGCUGAAGUCAGUGAGUGCUUGGGGGAUGCGCAGCUCACAAGGGGUAACCACACCUCUUCCAAUGGCACAGCCUCGGCAUACAGGUACCACGUGUCCUCCAGCGUGUCAGUCUCAGACUCUGCUGGCUCUAAAGUGGAAGCAGUGAGCACUUUUGCAGCAUCACACAGACAGUCCUCAGAGGGGAGAGCUAAAAGGGCAAUAAUCUCCCAGGAAAAAGAAGCUGCAGACACAUCACUUGAAAAUGUGAAGCUUUCGACGCUAACAAAGCGUUCCCAUCACUCCAGGAGUCAGGAAGACAUUCUGCAGAUUCUCACAGGUCUUGAUAAAGAAGGCACCGAGCAGUCUUCGAGUUCAGCAACAGAUUAUGUAAAUAUGGGUUUAAAAACUGACUCCAAAACCAUUCAGAGUAACCAGGAAAAACUUAAUUCAGAUGAAGAAUCAGGGAGAGGCAAAAAACCAACUACUCAGUCAGAUUUUGAGACAAGAAAGAAAGUCAGUUCCAAGCAGUUCUCCAAUUCUAGGGGAGUUUUUAGAGCAUCACUUUUUGAAAAUGACAAAAAAACUGUGAAUGAUGAAGACUCUACCAAAUGCGUAAAACCAUCAGAUGCCAGCACUGGAGGAUUGAAAUCCAGAAGAUCCUUCAGCCCUAGAGAAGCUCUGAGAUCAAAAGCCAUCAUUAAACCUGCAAUUGUUGAGAAGGAUAUGAAAGCAAUAAUGGGAGGGACUGUUUCAGAGGCAGAGUCAGAAAAACAGAAGUCUACUUUUAAAAUGGUAACCAAUAAAAUGACAAGCAGCAUCACAAUCUUUCCUUCUGAGCCAACAGCUCCAAGGACCACUGCAGAUACAGUAGCAAAGGAAAGGCAUGUUACCACCAGCAACAUCAGAGUUGCUUCAAAUGAGCCUUCACCAUCAAUAACAAACAAUGUCCCUUCACCCUUUGAGGUCUCUAUUAAUAGAAGUGCUCUGAAGUCACCUGAGACAGACAGAAGUGGAGAGGCAGCACCGAGAAGUAAAGCUGAAACAGUGGUCUCGAGAAGCAGCAUUAUGCUAAAGACUUCUGAACUCACAGAGAGGAACAGUGAGACACCUUUGGAGACAAUCAGCUGGAAGAGCCAUGGCUCGUCAGAUGCAGGUUCGUCCGAAACAAAGCAUGUCACUGUCAGAAGUUCCUGGAGAACAAGACAAGGCCUACAUUCCCUGGAGGACUCUCAAACCAAAGUGGAGAAAAGUGCAACUUUCAGUGCCACAAACUUCUGUAGAUCCUCAGUGGACCUUUUAGAAGGGGAAGGGAAUAGUUCAAAAACAGAUUUCCUGGAGGAGACUUCAUCGAGGACAAGUUCCACAGCUAAUUCUUGGAGUGCCCCUGAACUGGGGUCCCGAAGGACCAAAAGUAACUUAAGUGCAUCAGAACUGCUGACACGCAGGAGCUAUGCAAGUGACCCUACAGCAGCUGCUGCUUGGCAGCGCACCACGCUACCUGAUGAAAGCAAAGAUUUUGUGUCCAGUUCCAGAAGGAAGCAGUAUGGCUCUUCUGAGUACCUCCUCCAGGCUGACACUCUGGGGAAAAGGACAGCCACCAAGGUGGAACUGCAGGACCCUGAAUCCAGCUCCCCUGCACUACCAGGGCUCCAAGGAGAGGAGCAGGGCGCUGCCCGGGCGUGCCGGACAUCUCGGAGAUGAGCUGCAUUCCCUUCUUCUCAGUGACCAUGGUGAAGCAAGAGGCAGGAUAGUACCAAGCUCACAGGCAUCACACCUGUUUGUAACCUCUCCAGAGGCUUCAACUUGCCUGAAACCAGUUUUGCAAUGCGAUUUGAAAGGUACAGGAGCUUUACCAGUGAAUUCUUUUUCUUCAUUGCUGAAGAGGCAGCUGCAGAGACUUUGCUCAGGGGACUCCCACUUCUCAUCUCUGUACCUGCAAUCUUAAUCUUCCCUGUAGGAUGAUAGGUCUGUCUCCAUAUGGAAACUCUGACUACCUAGCCUCUCUGAACAAUGGUACUCCUUGCACAAGAGAGAACUUUUUAUUCACUUGUAUUCACACAAGAUCCCAGCAGUGUCCCUGUGAUUACAUCCACCAGCCCAUGACAGCUGUCCACCACAAUUGAAAGCUUUCAGUUCAUAUGGAGAGUUUGCAUUCUCCUAAUACACCCUUACUGGCUGGGGUAGUGGUCACCUCAGUAUCUGUGUUUCCAGCACCCUUAGUCUCUAGGCAAGAGGAGACUGUUACCAUUUGUUGCUUUACAAAUUGAGAGGGAAGGAGAGCAGAAAAUGUUGUUUAGGACGAGUUGGUUCCCUAUCACUGUCAGUCUCUGCAACAAGCUUUGCAUGAUCUACUCAUCACCAGUUGAGAUCCUGCACCAAGAAGUCAUCCACUGAGCCAGACCAACACAGCAGUGACACCUCCUCCUGCCUGGGACCAGGGUGCCAUUUAUCUGGAGCUUUAUGUGUUACACUCUGCAGGCAACAACUCUGUGGCUUGUGCAAGGCAGUUGAGCCCUACAAGAAAAAGAAACAAGUGCUUUUCCUCACAGACAAGCAGAAUGUCCUUGUUCCUUCCCAAAACAGGGUGGAGACAACUGGAUUGGACCCUAAGCUGACGUAUGGUAGCUUUGGUCUGUGCCUCAACCCCUAUCUGCCAUGCCUGGGACCCAGGCAUGGUCAGAGACUGCUUCAGACACAGAGGUGUGUGUCCCCAGUGCCCGCAGGCCACCGAGUGCAGCUGGUGUCACUGGGGGGCAGACACGUCCCCACAGCUCCAGGAGGUGCUCAGGUCAUCAGCAGCCUCUGUCCUGAGCAAGGUGAUUGCACCUGGCUCUCACAGCAGGGCUCGGACAGUCCUUCCUUUCCAUCCCAUCCCCAGCUGCUGGGCUGGCCCCUACACAAACACCACUGACACCCCCAGUGCUGCCUGUCCCUCUCUGCAGCAGGACAAGGAGAAUGCUCCAGACAGAAAAGGUCCUUGAUUUGUUUCAGAGGUGCUGUGGGAAGAGUUGCACCCCACACUUGUGCCCAUAGUGCACCUCUGGAGGAGCAGGUACCAGAGCCAUCUGAUUGCCUGUACUGCACCUCCCUGUGCUGCAGCUCCUCCCUGGCCUGGGAAAUAUACACCUCAAUUCUGAGAAGAAAAUUAAUCAAAAAGAAAAAAAAAACAGAACUGGUUGCAAAAUAUCUAUGAAAACAUUUAUAUAAAAGGGAUGUGUUUUAGUGACAUGAUUAUUUUUUUUAUAAAGAUUGUUUGGAGGAAGGGAAAAAUUAUUUUUGGAAAAAAAAGUUUCUUUUUGAAAUUCUAAAGAUGUUUUCCCAAGUGUAUAUUUUUAACCCUUCAUUUUAUUCUUUUACAUGUUAUGACAUAUGUGUCAACCUGCAUAACAAGGCAAAAAGAUUCUUUUAAAUUAGUACUGAGUGGCAGCUCUAGUAAUCUUUAAAUUAUAUUAAAUUGUAUAAACUGCUCUCUCUUACCAUUGACAUGGUAGUGCUAGUAGAAUGAGAUAAUGGGAAAAAAUUUAAACUCAGUCUCCAAACUAAAAAUGAAAGUAAGUGAAAUUCUGAAGCUAAAUUCAGACUUCUUACUGCCUCCCCCUGCCCCAUGUUUAUCAGGAAGGAUUGGAAAUCCUUUUGGAUUGUGCAGUUUGAAACCAGUGGAUGUAACAGUCCUGUGCAAUGGCUGUAUCCUUCCUGAGCGCCCUGCUCUGCUCAUCCCUCUCUGUGUGCCAGGUUCACCACCCAGAACCAGCUGCACUGCCUGAGCAGCCCCAGCUUCCCUUGCCUCUGUGUGCCCUGCUCCCUGCCCACAGAGCCUGCCCAGCAGUGCCCAGCUCUGCUCUGCUCUGCUGCUGGCCCUGCCCACCACAGGGUGCUGCCUCUGACUCUCCCCCUUCUUCUCAUGUGCCCCUCCAAACUAAACCUGCUGCCUCAGCUGCCCAAAUGCCUCACGCUACCUGCUUGCUUACCCUGGAAGCAGCUGGGAGGCAUCUUGGCAUGUUGCUGCCUCUUCAGAUGUCACAGGGAUUCCUUCUCUGCACAUUCCCAAACCUGCUGCUGAGCAGCUCUCCAGCUGUCACCUGUACCAGUCACAGUGGCCGUGGGAGAGCCACUGCUGGGCACUGCUGCUCUGCCUCCAGAAACCCAGCAUGGUGUGGGGCUCCCCUGCCCUAGGUCAGGACCUGCAGCUUGUACAAACUGCUGGACGAGCAUGGACGGACUGAGGAGGACAAGGAUCACUUUGGGCAGUGACUGAAUGCCUUCCCUCACAGUCCCAGCCCCAUCCUGCUGCAGGACACGGGUCCACACACCACAGGACGUCCCUACACAUCCACCAGCUUUCUCCUUCUCAUCUUGUUGGCAUGGAUGUGGCUUAGCACAGUGCUCCCAAAGAGCCUUCCAAGGGAAGUGGUUUCAGUUGUGGCGAGGAAAUCUCUGCAUCCCUGUGAGUCAACGUGUGGGGUGAAUGCAGGCUUCCCUGUGCCUGCCCACAAAACACUGGCUUACCUAUCAGCUUUUCAACCCCACUGCUCACCCCAAGAACACAGCCCCAUGUCUGAAGUGCAAGGGAAGAACUACCAGCAGCAAUAGCUGUUGGGUUUUCUCCUUCUGUCAGCCAGGACCAGGCAACGCCCAAGCAACGGAAGGGGUUUACCCUGCUGGCUCAGCCCCAGCUAUUGCCCCAGCAACACAGCGCUGCUGGCACUGUCUUCAGGUGCUUCUCACAGAUGAUGUCUCUCCUUUCUCCAGCUGCCUCAGUUAUUUGUUCAAUAUUUUACAGCAGAUACCUUGAACUCCUGCUCUAGACUCAGUUUCACUGCUUGUAAAUACCGGACACAGAUGUCACUUGGUAACUGCACACUGGUUGUUUUUACCACAGCUGAGAUUAAAUCUGAGAAAGAAAACCCUACCUAGUAUGGAAAGGGGCCAUGCCCUCUAGUCAAUGAGUGCAAUAGGAGCUGAUUGUAUUAUUAAUCUUAUAGCAAUGACUUCAGGAAACACAAUGUGUUUACUCGAAUUGCACACUUUUUUUGAACAGCUGUAAAAUAGAGUAUAUGUGUAAAUAUUGCCAUCACUGAAGAAGUAUUUGUAAUUAUAGCAUAUAAAUAUAACCGGCUUUUCAGUAGGCUUGAAGAUGCACAAGGCCAUGCAUCGAGCCCUCGGGUAAUUCCAAAGUUGUAAAUGUAUUUGCUGUACAGAGGCAAUGUGUCAGUGCUUGCUGCUCCCAAGGAACCUCAGCUGCUGGGCCCUUCUGGAGAGCCAGUGCUUUCCCCAGAAGGGCUGGCUCAUGUGAGGGCCCAGCAGCUCACUGCUUCAUGGAACGGCUUCCUUCAUGUCUGGAAACACCUCUGCAGCCCCCGGAGCUGCCUGUCCAGCUCCUUGGAGGGCCUGGGGUGACAGCUUGGCCACUGGUGCUGUGCAGUGCAGCCCCCGUGGACAGGACCCCAGCAAGGGAAAAAGGCAGGAAGCACAGGGCAGAGCCACGUGCCUUGGUGCUUCAAGAGACACUUGACACAAGCGAUUUCCUAGCUACAGAUUGAAGCAAUAGUCACAUUGGUGUCAUCUCUAACGCAGUAGACCUCAUCUCUGCCACCCUUGCACACGGCUGAAGUAAUCAGGGCACUGCUCCAGGCCAGCCCCCGCAGGCUGAGCUGUGAACAGAACACGAAGCCAUUGUUAGCAGAUGCCUCCCAUGGUCAGAACCCAGGGCCCAAAGGAUCCUCCUGGGCUGCCCCACGUGCAGUGCCGGCUCCUGCUUUGGGGAAGCAGCACUCCAGGCUGCAUGGAAUGUAUUUUUAAGAGAAAAAAUCUAUUUUUUUGUAUUUCUGAACAUAUAUUUGGGUGGGGCAGCUUAGUUAGAAGACAAAUAAUGCAAGAAAUCUUUUCAUAAUCACAGGUUCAUCCAAGUUAAGCAGAUUUUCCAGGGUUGCAGUAUUGCCUUUUCCCCUAAAAUAAACUUUGUGUCCAAUAGAGCUAUGAGCAGUGUUCCACCCUUAGAACUUGCCCUGUCUCAGCAUGCUGAGUAGAGGAAAGCCAGUACUUUCCUCCCCAGGCUGCCCAUGCAGUGGAUACAGAUGGUGCUCACCUCCUUCCAGCGACACAGUGCUCUUAGUCUGCAUGCCAAAUGUAAACACACACUUAUCUGCAUGUCUCUCCUGACUCAAACACUGUCAGUGCUACAGUAUAUAACCAAUAAACACUCUUCUCUUUUUA